AUGGCAACACUUUCACUGAAGAUCAGUGUCGCCGACAAGAAUGUGGUGAAGACAAUGCAAUUCGAGCCCUCGCUUAUGGUCUACGAUGCCUGUCGUCUCAUCAAAGAGAAGAUCACUGAAGCAAAUAUUGGACAGCCCAAAGACUACGGACUCUUCCUAACGGAUGAGGACCCGAAGAAAGGCGUUUGGUUAGAACCCGCGCGUAGUCUUGAAUACUAUCUGCUUAGAAAUGGGGAUUUACUGGAAUAUAGAAGAAAAAUGAGAACUUUGAGGGUUAGAAUGCUCGACGGAUCUGUCAAAACGGUUUUAGUCGACGACAGUCAACCCGUCUCUAACCUAAUGGUCGUUAUUUGCACUAAAAUAGGCAUCACAAAUCACGACGAGUACUCACUUGUGAGGGACUUCCCCGAAGAGCUGAGGGAUGCGACCCUUUCCAGGGACGGAACACUCACUCUAAGGAGAAAAGAUAAAACACGAACUCUUGAAAAAGACAAGACAUUGGACUCUAAAAUGGAACAAUUGAAGAAAAAACUCAAGACAGACGACGACCUGAAUUGGGUGGACGUCUCAAAGACACUGCGAGAACAGGGCAUCGAUGAGGAGGAGACACUUCUGUUGCGGCGAAAGUUUUUCUUUUCCGAUCAGAACAUCGACUCUAGAGAUCCCGUCCAACUGAACCUACUGUACGUUCAGGCGAGGGAUGCGAUCAUUGCGGGCACACAUCCGGUCACUUUGGAGGAGUCGUGUCAGUUCGCCGGCAUUCAGUGUCAAAUCCAAUUCGGAGAUUAUGUCGAAAGCAAACAUAAGCCCGGAUUUCUGGACCUCAAAGAGUUUCUUCCCAGAGAUUACUCGCGAAGGGAUAAAGCGAUUGAGAAGAAGGUAUUGUCUCAACACAGACAACAUAUCGGAGAGUCUGAGUUGGAGGCGAAGGUCAAGUAUGUAGGGCUCGCCCGCUCUCUCAGCACAUAUGGCGUCACUUUCUUCUUAGUUAAGGAGAAAAUGAAGGGAAAGAACAAAUUGGUUCCGCGACUCCUCGGAGUCACUAAAGACAGUGUUCUUCGUUUGGAUGAGAAGACUAAAGAGAUAAUGAAAACGUGGCCUUUGACUACAGUCAAGCGAUGGGCCGCUUCUCCCAAUAGUUUUACCUUAGAUUUCGGCGACUAUUCUGACUCUUAUUAUUCGGUUCAGACCACAGAAGGCGAACAGAUAUCACAACUGAUCGCCGGAUAUAUCGAUAUAAUUCUGAGGCGAAAGAAAGCGAAGGAUCACUUCGGCAUCGAAGGCGAUGAGGGCUCCACUAUGGUUGAGGACAGCAUAUCGCCAUCGAAGGCGACCAUUCUUCAGCACCAACCCGGACAGAAACCAUCCAAACCUAUCAUUGAAGAUCUGGCCAUUCCUGGCAUUAUAAGGCCCGGAACUAAUGGCCCGCAGAGUAUCAACAUUAAGGAAAUGCCUGAACAGCAGUUGACUACAAUGCAAAGUCAAGCGCCGGUACAACAGUCACCUCUGAUGGCCGCACAACACCCCAAAUACCUGCAAACGGGUCUCUCUGAGCCUCAAAGAGCUCUGCACUCGACUAUAGGCGUGGGUCAGGACGCCGUCCAAAAGGCGCUCAAAGAGUUGGAAACGAAGGCCAAAAUCCCGGAAUACGGACCAGACUUUGGAUGGAAACAGAAUCAGUUGGACGUCAAGAAAGAGACGGUUUCGUCACAAAUGGCGGCACUGAAUGCGGCGACGGCUCAAGUGAUCACUUUGACGUCGGUUCCCGAGGAAGAACUCGAUCACCCGGCGCUCGGGGCAGCCAUUCAUACCAUCAGCACUAACUUACCGGAGAUGUCGCGCGACGUCAAAGUGAUCGCAGCGCUGAUGGAAGACGACGACAAAGGAGAGCGACUCAUAGACGCCGCGCGAAACCUGUGCAGCGCUUUCUCGGAACUGUUGAAAGCGGCCGAACCGGCGAAGAAGGCCGGGAGACAGAGCCUACUGAACGCGGCGUCCAAAGUGGGCGAAGCGACCACUAAUUUGCUCUACACUAUCGGCGAAGAGGACGAGUACGACAGAGAAGCGGCUGAUCUGCUGCUCAGUCUCUCGAAACCAGUGGCCAAUGCGGCCGCGCAUCUGGUGCUGAAGGCCAAAGACGUGGCGUCGCGUUGUGACGACCAGACGGCGCAAAACCGAGUGAUCAGUUGCGCGACUCAAUGCGCGUUAGCGACUUCACAACUGGUCGCGUGCGCUAAAGUGGUUGCGCCCACUAUUUCUAACCCCAAUUGUCAGCAACAGAUGAUCGAAGCGGUCAAAGAAGUGGCCAAAUCUGUGGAAAACAUUGUGAGGGUUUGUCAGGACUCGUGUUCCGACACUCGACUCACGGGUGACCUGAAGGGCGCGGCGGCGGACGUGACUCAAGCGCUCAACAAUCUGUUGAAUCACGUGAGAAGUCUGAGCGACAAUAGGGGUCGUCGCGGGACAGAACACGACGGCGCUGUCGACACUAUUCUGGACGCGACGGACCGCCUGUUCAGCAGUACGGGUGACGCGACCGAAAUGGUAAGACAGGCCAAAAUCCUGGCGCAGGCGACGGCUCAGCUCAUCCACAAUAUCAAAGGUCAGGCCGAGACUCAGCCCGACUCCGACCUCCAGAAGCGAUUGCUUUCGGCGGCCAAAGUGUUGGCCGACGCGACCUCACGACUAGUCGAAGCGGCCAAAGGGUGCGCAACGAAUCCGCACGACUCGGACUCUCAGGCGGCGCUCAAGAGGGCGGCCGAAGACCUGCGAAACGCCACAAACACUGCGGCGAGUAAUGCGUUGAAACGCAAAGUCAUGACACGACUGGAGUCGAGCGCCAAACACGCGACAGCGAUGGCCACUCAGAACAUAGCGGCCGCUCACGGCUGCGGACCCUAUAAUACUAAUGAGAUGACUCAGGACGAGCUCUUGCAGGUGUGCAGAGAUGUCUCCGAUCUGAUCCCCAAAGUAGUGCAGGGAAUCCGAGGCACGCAAUCAGAUCCGGACAACUCUAGCAAACAGUUACAACUGAUCAACGCUUGCGAUCUAUUCAUAACACCCGCGCAGAGACUGGUGUUGACCUCCAAGAGUGUGAUCCCGACGGUCACCGACCAGUCGUCGACCAUUCAGUUGACGCAAUCGUCGCAACAGUUGGCGGAAUCGCUGCGAGAAUUGCAACUAAAUGUGUCCAAAGCUCAGGAGGCGUGCAGUUCUUCCAUGGAAUUCGACGCCGCGAUUGAGUCGAUCCGAGAAUUGGACAAAGAGUUGGCCGAAUGCCGGAAAGCGGCCAUAAAUUACUACCUGAAACCACUUCCGGGCGAAAACCUGGAGUACUGUUCGUCCGCAUUGAACACGACGUGUAAAUCUGUGGGCUCUUCGAUGGCACAGCUCUUGACGGCCGCCUCUCAGGGCAACGAGAACUUCACGGGACACGCGGGACGGGACGUGUCCAACGCCCUCAAGAACCUGACGAGUGCUGUCCGCGGAGUCGCCGCCACUUCUAACGAACGCGACGUUCAGAUGCGAGUCAUCGACAACGCGAGGGAUGUGUUGGAGAAGUCGAUUGUGUUGUUUGAAGAGACAAAAUGGGCUCUUCAUAACCCACACGACAGGGAACGACAGCAACGACUCACACAAGUGGCCAAAAGUGUGUCCAAUUCGCUCAACAAUUGCGUUAAUUGUCUUCCGGGACAGAAAGAUGUCGACGAAUCCAUUCGAUGCAUAACAGAAGCGACACAACUGUUGGCCAAAGAACUGCCCGUUUCUUACAAAACGUACGCAGAAUUGCAGAACAAUCUGACAAUCGCUGCCACGAAACUCAACGAAUCGGCCUCUGAUGUGAUCGACGGCUCCCGAAGUCCGAGUGUUUUGGCCAACUCUUCCAAACAAUUCAGUUCUGCUUUCAGUCAACUCUUUGAUUGCGGUCUUGAGAUCGCGGGUCAGACCAAAGACUAUGAGAUUCGCUCUCAAAUGUUGUCGAGUCUGAAGACACUGUCCAUGACUUCGAGCAAACUCUUAGUCUCUGCCAAAUCAGUGUCCGUCGAUCCGAACGCACCGAACGCUAGGAAUCUAUUGGGCUCUUCGGCGCGUUCUGUCACCGAAAGUAUCAACAAUUUGCUGAAUGUCUGCAGUUCUUCAGCUCCGGGACAGAAAGAGUGCGAUUCUGCCAUUAGGAACAUCCAAAUGAUGCGCUCAUUGCUCGACAACCCGAGCGAACCCAUCAAUGAUUUGACUUAUUUUGAAUGUCUGGAAACCGUCACCGAAAAGAGUCGACGACUCGGAGACGCGAUGACUGGUAUCGCAAACAACGCCAAAAAGAAUGAACACAAAGAGUUCGGCCAUUCGGUGAAAGAGGCCUCGGAUUCCAUCUGCGGUCUACUGGAAGGCGCGGCGCAGUCGGCAUAUCUGGUCGGCUCUUCGGACCCGUCGAGUGUGUCCGGAAGGGCAGGUCUGGUCGACUUGAAUGCCUUCCAUAAGGCCAACGAAGCCAUUCAGUCGGCGUGUCAUCAGUUGUCCACUCGAACCAGCAAUAAGACAGAGAUCCUGUCGGCGGCCACAGUCAUAGCCAAACACACGUCUGCGUUAUGCAACUCGUGUCGCGUCGCGUCUUCCAAGACUACAAAUCCGGUGGCGAAAAGACAUUUCGUUCAGUCGGCCAAAGAUGUGGCGAAUGCGACGGCGAGUCUCAUCAAAGAGAUCAAGGCUUUAGACCAGAACCCGGACUCCGAUUACAACCACCAGAACUGCGCCGAAGCGACGAAACCACUGCUCGAUGCGGUCGACAACUUGACUGUCUUCGCGAGUUCGCCAGACUUCGCGCCAAUUCCCGCCAAAAUCAGUGUUAAGGCGCGUUCAGCGCAGGAACCGAUCACAUCGUACGGCAAGUCUAUCAUCGAUGCCUCUUGUAAUAUGAUUAUUGCCGCCAAAUCACUGGCGCUCAACCCUAAAGACCCUCCCGGUUGGCAAACACUGGCCAAUCACAGCAAGAAUGUGAGCGAUUCCAUCAAAAAGUUGGUCACAUCUAUCAAAGACGCGUCUCCGGGACAGCGCGAGUGCGACGACGCCGUCGAGAAACUGAGCGCUUGUAUCCGAGAGUUGGAUCAGUCGUCGCUCAAUAUUAUUAGUCAAAACUUAGAGUCACGUCAAGACAAUACACUGAAGGGCUUCCGGGAAGCGACCAGCGCUUCGGCCACAGAGAUCUACGAACACAUCGAUGCCGUCCGUAUGUCCGGCAAAGCGGAGGCCGAGAAAUUGGGUCAUUCUGUCACUCAAUUGGUCUCAUAUUUCGAUCCAUUGGUUCAGAACGCCAUCGGAUGCGCGUCGAAGACACAGAACUCGAAGCAACAAAUGAAUUAUUUGGACCAAACGAAGACUAUCACUGAAUGCGCCCUUCAAUUGGUCUAUUCGGUGAAAGAGUGCGGCGGAAACUCGAAGGCCUCUUCAGUUCACGCAGAGAUCGACGAGUCGAGUGAGUCCAUGAAGGAAGCGCUCCAAGACUUGUUACAUACGCUGGAGUCGGCGGCCACUGAAGCGGGACAAGUGACCGGUAUUAUUGAGUCCAUCACCAAAUCGAUCACCAAAAUAGAUGAAAGACAUUAUUCAUAUUCAACCACAUCUUCAUUGCCAUCGGGUUCUACAUAUGUUGACUAUCAAACACGAAUGGUUAACACUGCCAAAGAAAUUGCCAGAAUAGCACAGGACAUGGUUGGGAAGUCGACGACACAAGUCGCCCAUUUGGGUCCUUUAGCAGCAAAUCUAUCCCAUAAUUACGCAAAUUUAGCCAAUGAUGUGAAUGGAGUGAUCGGUGCGACGAGUAAUGUAGAGAUCGCAAAUCGCAUCAAAGGCAGUGUCCAAGAACUGGGAACAGCUUGUGUUGACAUAACCAAAAGCGCGGGUCAGUGUCAGGCAAAUCCAGGCGAUAAUUAUAGCCAACGAGAGUUAACAGACAACGCAAAGGUUGUGUCGGAAAAGGUAUCGUAUGUUUUGGCGGCACUUCAGGCCGGCUCUCGUGGAACUCAGGCCUGUAUUAACGCGGCCUCAACUGUAAGCGGAAUAAUUGGUGAUUUGGACACCACUAUAAUGUUCGCCGCCUCCGGAACUCUUAACUCGGAGAAUGAAAACGAGACGUUCGCCGAUCACAGGGAGGCUAUACUUAAGACGGCUAAAGCACUGGUGGAGGACACGAAAACAUUAGUGGCCGGCGCGGCCUCCAGUCAGGAGCAGUUGGCAGUCGCCGCACAAAACGCCGUCACAACUAUUAUGCAAUUGUCAGAAGUGGUCAAAUUGGGCGCCGCAUCCUUGGGCUCAAACAACUCUGAGGCACAGGUUUUGCUGUUGAAUGCGGUUAAAGAUGUGGCCACAGCUCUGGGAGAGCUGAUUGGGUCGACAAAGACUGCGUCGGGAAAGAGCAUCAAUGAUCCGGCAAUGAUGUACUUAAAGGAAUCCGCAAAAGUAAUGGUAACGAAUGUCACUUCACUUCUUAAAACAGUUAAGACUGUUGAAGACGAGCACCAAAGAGGCACUCGAGCUCUUGAAUCGACUAUCGAAGCGAUCGGUCAAGAAAUUCGAGCCUUCGAUUCCGGAGAAAUGCCAACCGUUCGAAAGGCAUCGCCCGAAGACUUGGUUCGAGUGACAAAACCGGUGACAUUAGCGACGGCCAAAGCGGUGGCCGCCGGCACGAGUGGCAAACAGGACGAUGUGAUCGUUGCCGCAAAUAUGGGACGAAAAGCAAUUUACGAUUUAUUGAUUACAACCAAAGCUUCGGCCACUUCUGCAGAAACCCAUGAAUUGAGAACUCGAGUGUUAGAGUCGGGAAGGAGUUGUGCCUAUCAUUACAGAGAACUCUUACAAAUGGUUCACCAAAUCAUAAGUCGACCGACACCUGGAAGCGAUGCAAAGAAUCAAUUAGUUAUUAAGUCACGAACCAUUGCCACAGCAGUCACAGAGAUUGUCAGUAGUGCUGAACUCCUAAAGGGCUCCGAUUGGGUCGAUCCCGACGACCCCACUGUCAUCGCUGAGAAUGAACUGUUAGGCGCCGCCUCUUCUAUCGACGCGGCGGCCAAGAAGUUGGCAUCUCUUCAGCCCAGAAGGACUAGCAUUCGAUUACCGCACGAAGAGAUGAAUUUCGAUGAAAUGAUUUUAGAAGCGGCCAAAUCUAUUACUGUGGCGACGGCUGCACUGGUCAGAGCGGCCUCUGCCGCACAACGAGAGCUGGUGUUGACGGGCAAAGUGGAGGGACAGCCGCAGUACGCGUCGGACGACGGCCAGUGGUCCGAUGGGCUCAUAUCCGCCGCCAGACACGUGGCGGCCGCUACUCAUAGUUUGGUAGAAGCGGCCAACGCUUUAGUUCAGGGACAGGCGUCCGAAGAGAAGUUGAUUUCUGCGGCCAAACAAGUGGCCGGUUCUACAGCACAACUGUUGGUCGCCUGCAAAGUGAAGUCUGACUCCGACUCGCAAGCGAUGCGAAGACUGCAAACCGCAGGAAAUGCUGUGAAGAAAGCGACCGAUAAUUUGGUUCGUUCGGCACAACAGGCCAUUGAACACGAAGACGAACAAAGUAUUAUAAUCAGCAAACGUCGAGUGCCCGGAAUCGCUCAGGAGAUCGUUGCCCGCGAAGAGAUCCUUAAGAAGGAGAGGGAACUCGUGGAGGCGCGCGAAAAGUUAGCCGCCAUUCAUAGAGCCAAAUACGGGAACAGACCUCCCGAUGAAUACCAGGGAUAUUAAUGUUAUCAUCAAAUUUUGCGAUAUAUUCAGACGAUUAUUACAACGAAAAUAACAAAUCAAAUAUUUAAUAGAUAUUAAAACUUAUGAAUGAUUUUAAACAUUAGUUUUCAUAACAAAUACCUUUUCUAUAGAAAUGUUUGUUUCUCUAAGUUUUGAAAUAAUUUAUAUUUAGUUUUCAUUUGAUUUAUAUUUAAUUAUCGAUACUUUCGGUGCAAUUCUUACUAAUCUAUGACUGAAUUAAGUAAAUAAGUGCCUAAAGAGAGACUACAAAUAUUAAACAACAAAAAAGUAAACUUAUAUUCACUGCAUAUCAUGUCAUAUAAAUUGUUAUCCAAUUAAUUACUUCUAACAGAUCUCAAAAUAUUGGGGCCUUUAAACAGAUAUCUAAUUAUAAUU